UUAUUUCUCUACUCGUUCUAGUUCUAGAGAGACAGACACGUCCCUUGUAGGCGCGUGCAUUCACAGUGAAGACUGAAGCGAUCAGAGUUCUCCAUUUUAGAGAGAGAAAGAGAGAGGAAGGAGAGAGAGAAUGGUGAGGGAGGUCUCCGAAAGCUGUGUGGAAAGUCUGCUCACAGAGAUCGUCUCUUCGUAUUGCAAUGGCUUCUAUGCCAACAAGCCUGAGCUCGCUGCCCGAAGGAUCGAGGCUAUUGGCUAUCAGGUCGGCCACCAGCUCUCCGAAAGGUAUACCAUGGAGCGCCCCCGGUUCAGUGAUCAUCUAGAGGCAAUCAAGUUUAUCUGCAAGGACUUUUGGUCCGAACUCUUCAAGAAGCAGAUAGACAACUUAAAGACAAAUCAUAGGGGUACCUUUGUAUUGCAAGAUAAUCGGUUUCGGUGGCUUUCACACAUGUCAAUUGAUCCAUCACUGGAAAACUCUGAUUCAGCUCAAGAUCUUUCCUCCAUGGCUGAAAACAAGUCAGCCCAAGCGACAGGCAUGCAUCUCUACUUCCCGUGUGGAAUCAUAAGGGGAGCACUUUCAAACUUGGGAAUUCCUUGUGCAGUUUCUGCAGAUAUAUCCAACCUUCCUGCAUGUUCAUUUGUAGUCCGCAUAAAGGCCUGAUGCGCGUUUUACGAGAAUUGUUGGACUGGGACAUUGGUUUCAAGCAUAAGUACCACACUAAAUGAUUAUCUGUACUUUUCUCUCAUUUUCCUCAACAACGGCAUCGUCGUUUUGAGCUUCCGAAUCUUCCAUUUAUUGUAACUAAAGUUGUGAAACUAUAAUUUUUUUUGUUGUUCAGAGAAACUUUGGUUUGUGGCCUGUGGGACUUGAACAGAGUAGUUGCGGAAGCAGUAGUAGCUAUGGGAGUUACAAAAUGUGUCCUCUAUUGUUAAUAGAGAUGGUGCAAAAGGAUUUCACAGAGUAUUAAUAUCCAUUCUUGUUUUAUGAUUUUUUAA